AUCUAGUUAGCAAUGCAAAAAAAUAUCGUAUUUUUGCGCAUCUCUGCUUCGGCUAGUAUGACUUUGAAUUUUACAGAAAGAACAACUUUUAUUAACGAAAAAUUUAGCCAUGCCCGCAUUUAAAGUUAAGGUGAAGUGGGGCCGGGAGCUCUACACAGAUAUCGAUGUAAACACCGAUGAGGAGCCGAUAUUGUUUAAGGCCCAGUUGUUUGCCCUUACUGGCGUUCAACCGGAUCGCCAGAAAGUUAUGUGCAAGGGUGGCAUUCUCAAGGAUGAUCAGUGGAACUUGCAGAUCAAGGACGGCGCAGUGGUCUUGUUGCUGGGCAGCAAGGAGAGUGUUCCAGAGGUGCCUGCUACACCGGUCAAAUUUAUUGAGGACAUGAAUGAAGCGGAAGCCGCCACAGCGAUGCGUUUACCGGCCGGGCUCACAAAUCUGGGCAAUACGUGCUACAUGAAUGCCACUGUUCAGUGCUUGAAUGCAGUGCCUGAGCUUCGCACUGCCUUGUCCACUUUCAGUAACGAUGGAACUGACACCAUGUCGACUGCAUUUUCCAUAUCGUCCGCCAUGAAGUCCAUAUUUGCUCAAAUGGAGAAGGGCACAACCGUGACGCCAAUUGUUCUGCUGCAGGCAUUGCACCGGGCAUCGCCGCAAUUCGCCCAGACCGGCGAAAAUGGCACUUACAGACAGCAGGACGCCAACGAGUGCUGGGCAGAAAUCCUGAAAAUGUUGCAGCAAAAGCUUCGGCCAACAAACCAGGAUCCAUCGAAUGCUAUCCAGAAAAGACACAGCUCGUUUAUUGACCAAUUCUUCGGUGGCACUUUUGAAGUUAAGAUGAGUUCAGAAGAGCUUCCCGAUGAACCCUCAACCGUAACAACUGAGAACUUCCUGCAGUUGAGUUGCUUUAUUUCAAUGGAUGUAAAGUACAUGCAGAGCGGACUUAAAUCCAAAAUGAAAGAGCAAUUGUUGAAAAAAUCGGAAACUCUGGGACGCGAUGCAAAGUACAUUCGAACAUACUUGGUGAGCCGACUACCAGCCUAUCUUACCGUACAAUUUGUGCGCUUCCAAUACAAAGGAAAGGAAGGCAUAAAUGCUAAGGUGUUGAAGGAUAUUAAAUUUCCCAUUGAGUUUGAUGCCUUCGAGUUGUGUACUCCCGAAUUGCAAAACAAGUUGUGCCCCAUGCGUUCGAAGUUCAAGGAUCUGGAGGACAAGAAGAUGGAAGUUGACGUUGUCAAGCCCAACGAAGCAAAAGAAGAGAACAAGGACAUUAAAUACGAGCAGUUCUGGUUCGAUGACGACCUAGGCAGCAACAACUCUGGAUUCUAUACAUUGCAAGCCGUUUUGACGCACAAAGGUCGCUCGAGUUCCUCGGGACAUUAUGUGGCUUGGGUUCGUUCCAGUGGCGAUGUAUGGUUUAAAUUCGACGACGAUGAGGUAUCUGCUGUGGCUACAGAAGAGAUCUUGCGGCUGUCCGGAGGUGGAGACUGGCAUUGCGCAUACGUUCUUUUAUAUGCACCCAGACGUUUGGAGAAACUAUAAAUAAUUGUGUUAACGUCAUUACAUUUGUAUUGUUAAUAUAAUAAUUCUGAAUAAAUAACCAAAACCUUAAGGGCGAAAAAUCA